AUGCAGCACCGACGUGCUAAAACAAGUUUAAUCUCAGCCUUUUAUUGGGUGCGAAGCGCACUGUGUAUUACACUGAUACUUGGACUUACACUUGCUGCUUACGUAGGUAUUCCAAAUAUUAUUAAGAACCAAGUGGUCGAAGCAGAACCAAAAAGCGUAAUAUCUCAUUACCUUUCAUGGCGUGUCGAUGAUAAAUUCAGUAGUGUCAUUGUGGAUAUCAUUGAUUUCGCUGUGUCAAAACCUGCCCAACGAACAUUUCCAGCACCCUGCCGUUCCUUUAUUGGUGCUUUCGUCUUUGCUGCAAAACAAAUGCUUGAUAUAUUUUUACCACCAUGGUGCAUCAUUAUUUUACCUGCAUUCGGUGUCUCUGCGCUUCUUACUUUGGAUUGGGACCGACGAAAACAGGUUAGUAGUGACAGUAAACAAAGGUCACAUGAUUUUUGA